AUGAUCGGCAGUUCGGAACCAGCGGCGUCUAUCCAACAUCGCUCCAUAUAUACCAUCCCAUCGACGAACCUCUGUUCUCCAAUCGAAGUCAAACAUAUACUCUUUUCUCUGCUCCGACCAUCGAUGAAACAUGAUUACUUAGCUUACAUCGACUACGUGAAAUCACUUGAUGCGCUACUUCUCCUCUUCCGGCAUGUGCACAACAGUUGUUCAAUGAAAUGCUCACAUGAAUUGGGAGUGCAUUUCUACUGUGGGUAUGCAUCUCGUUCGACUUAUUGCACAUAUAGUUCUGCUGCAAGUUUCUUCCUAAAGUUUCCUGCAGGAUUGGUUGUACCUGAGUAUAUCCAUCUCCGUUGGUUCAUAAUCGUCUGCAUAUCAUCGGUUCAUCACUCUUUCUGAUUUUUGCCGAUACCUGAUUGUCGAAUCUUCAACUCUGCAUAGCUUCAAUUCAUCACUAGGCAGUUCUGAUUUUUGUUGAGACUUCAUAUUUGAUCAGUUGAUUGUUCAUUUGUUCUUGGAUUGUAAAUCAAGAAAUUUAAACAUAAACAUUUUAGUUAUCAUCAUACAACGAAUGAGAAGGCAAACAGGCAACAAGUUGCACCGCUAAGCCCUUUUGUAUGGUAAAGUCAAUUCUUUUGAAGACUACGUCCAUAGAUCUUGGGGAUAUAACAUUGCUAUAAAUGAUCCGUUGUAGUCUACUAAGAAGCUGCACCGCAUCCGGCGCAAGGAAACCAAACAUAUCAAAUGAAAAUGGUCAUCUUACGUUGAUAAGUUAUAAGCCAUUUCUCGAUGAAAUUAAUGAGAAAUAAAAAAUGAACUUUAUGACUUGAAAUUGCAAAACAAUGAUUUCUUUUCCUUUUGUAAUUUUCCAGUGAUCGUAAUAUUAUGUUCACAAAAUUUUCGCAAUUUUAACUUAUAUCCAAUGACCGUUACUCUAUUGUCUCAUUAACAACUUAGUCAUUAAGAGAGCUGAAGGCGCUGUGAAUUUGAUGUGCCUUCUUCCACAAUUGUCUGACCCGCAGAGUGAGCUCCUUCUACUUCGGUCUUGUAUGGGUAUUGCUAAAAUUUUCUUUGGGCUGAGGACGUGCCAACCCGUUCACAUGGAGGAGGCGGCGUUGUUCUUCGAUAAUGGAUUACGCGGGGCGAUUGAGGACAUUGUGGUUUGCGGUGGCCCCUUCUUUGGCGACUUACAGUGGCGACGUGCUUCCCUACCCAUUCGGUUUGGUGGUUUGGGUUUAUACUUGGCAGUAGAGGCUACCUCAUAUGCUUUUGUUACCUCAAGGGCCCAAUCUUGGGUAUUGCAAGUCCACAUCUUACGAGAUAGCGGUAUUUAUGGUAUGGAUUCUGAUUAUGCUUGUGCCUUAGAUUCUCUUCGUAACAAGCUUUCGGAUAUUAACCUUAGCAGUUUUACUACUAAGGACACCGCCCCCCCUAAAUCCCAGAAUACACUGGCGAGUUUCCGUUUUAGUAAAAUUAUCCAAGAUAUGGAGGUGAAUUUUAAUAUGCCGGCUCGGCAGAAAGCAGUUUUUCAGUGUUUACGUACACCACAUGCUCAAGAUUUUUUAUCUAGUUAUCCCUAUAGAUGGGUUUGGCCAACAUAUAUCUCCGGUGGAGUAUCGUACCAUAUCACUUAUAUCUUCCAAAAUGAUUCUAGUUAUGUCAUAUGUUCUUCAUAUCACUUAUAAAACUUAGCUUUCAUAAUCAUACCUUGUUUACAAAAUAUGAAUCAAUCUUAAUCUUUUACACAGUGAUGUUGAUGGGGUCGCUAGUUUAUGUUGAUGGUACCGUUUGAAAUUGAUGCAGUUUCUGCACCCGAGGUGUGUUUUCUUGGUACACUUCUAUUAAUUUUGAUGUUGUAAACAUGUUUUUUUAAUGCAUUUGGCUCAUGAACUUUUAAGUUAAAUACAAGGAUGUAAGGAGAAUCGAUCAACUUCCAAUUCCUAUUACAAUAUUGAAAUAAAGAAUGCGUAUGUUACUCUAUGGAUACUUAGUUGUAAUUAAGUUGAAUGGAGAUGCCAUAUGCAGGUGGUAGCUGCCAUGUGCUCAACAUUCCCUUAUGUUAGCAAAGUAGUCAUGAAAUACGCUAGUUCUAGUAAUGUUUUGUAAAGAAAAUAUGAGCAAGUUUCAAGAUAAUAGAACCACAUUUAUUGGAAGCUAAUAUGAGGUUUGAUUGAUUGUAUUGGAUUCAGG